CUGCUCAACAACACAACCAAUACUUGGGCUUAGCCCAAUGUAACACUGAGGUUGGGCUAGACCUUGUAAAAUUCUGAGCCUAUGCCUUCCGAAGAUCUCAGUCUCUCAAGCUAUUGGUCUCCUCGAAGAAGAAGAACACUCAAUCCCGCAUACUGUAAUCAACCAAGCAUUUGGUGAGCCAGUUCUCCUUACUCCGCAGGAUGACUGCUCUUUCAAGUCCUUUCCUUUUAUUCACACCCCCUCAAUCUCACUUCUUAUCAUCUGGUUCUUCUUUGAAGCCAACUGACCAGAGACUUUUAACCAUUAGCCCCUCUAAUAUCUUCAGCAAAGCAAAGUAUACUGCCUAUAAUGGGUCACUUACCGUUCAAGCAAGUGGUGAUCAAGGAAGGCCAAAUAGUGCAGGUAUUUUCAUAAGUGGAUUCGUAUUGGGAGGAAUAGUGGUUGGAACAUUGGGAUGUGUGUAUGCUCCACAGAUCAGCAAGGCACUAGCUGGAGCAGACAGAAAGGAUUUGAUGAGGAAGUUGCCAAAGUUCAUAUAUGAUGAGGAAAAAGCAUUGGAGAAGACUCGCAAAGUACUGUCUGAGAAGAUUGCACAAUUGAGUGCCGCAAUAGAUGAGGUUUCUGCUCAGUUGCACACAGAUGAUGUCUCAAAUGGAACUGCAGUGAAUUCAGAUGAGAUCCAGACUUCUACAUGAGAAAAUGUUUGUUCAAAUCUCAAUGCAAGCUGAUCAGCACAAGAAUAUAA